GAGAGAAGAGACGGGAAAAGUGAGAGAAGAAGGUGCUGGUCGAGGUUGUGCCAAGAGGAAAGGUCUGCGACGAGCCGGCGGAGGAGGAUUGUGUAGGAGGAGAAUGAGGAGGAGAGGGAUGGUUUAACCCGAGUAGGAACUUCUUAAUACAUACCGUCGACGGCAGUCGGGUUCAUUGUGGGAUCAAUACACAGACGACCAAGCGUAGGAGUGGCAACCGUCGCCUCAUUGGACGUGCCGUUCCCGGAUGGUGAUUGGACGGUUGCGGUGCUACCAGGAGGCGGUUCCCUCGACGUUUGCCUCUCUGUCGGGGUGAACGAAAGAGGGAACCCGGGGCCUGACCCUCGCCGUGGAAGGAGAGGACACGCGGCAAGCGAAAAAGACGGAGCGCCGCGGCGCGGGCCAGUUGGAAAAAGACGGCGGACCGGUCCGACGGCGAGGGUGACACGACGCCGGGGGGUUCAGUCUGUGUUCGCCCAUCAGAGACACAUCACCAACCACGAUACGGUCCGGUUACGUCUCUCUUCGACGCGAGGGUAGAUUCCUUGCGGAGGAACCAGGUGCUCCCGUAUCGAGAUCUUCAAUUACUCAACGCAUUAACGAGCCCCGAAACGAAUGGUGUCUCUGGAUUCUCUACAGCCGGUGACGAUGACAGUUUGACAUUACUAACAGGAUUACUAUUGUUGGAUAUUCUUAGUGGUUCUGACGUAAAACAAGUUUCCAAGUGUUUUCUGUAGUUAUAUUUCGUGUUCCGUUCCUGAAACUCGAACUGUUACGGAGUUACCAGUCUCAGUUAAAAAUCUAGAGGAACGUAAACGAUUUCUAUUAUGUAAUUUCAACGAACUGCGUAGACAUAUACGUGUGGAUGUUCGGUCGUUGUAAAAAAACGAUUCGCGGAACGGCGGGAUAACUUUGACUGUGAGCCACGUGGACUUGAAGAACUGUGAAUAUUGCAGUACCUAAAUUGUGCGAACGAAGAGACAUGGAAGUGUGUAUGUUCAAUGUUAAACGUGACUCGUAGUACGUAACAUAGUUUCUCUAUCACGGUGACCGAGCGAGUGUGUUUUCAAUUACCGCGUUGACAAACGUGCAGGCCAUUCGAAGUACACAAACGCCGUUCUUCGCGAAACAAUAAAAACACGCGCGUUCGCUAAAACUGACCCCUGCAGUUUGUAAUAACAUGUUAAAAAAACAGUAACAUCGAGAAUUUUUUUUCAAUCGUAAAAACCACGCAACGUUCCGAGAAUCGAAACGAAAGUGACAUUCGUCAUUCGCCGGCGAACCGCGGAAGAGUGAAGAUGCUCGAAACGGCUUGACACAUUCGCGAGUCGUUCGUUCCGCUGCGCCCUGUUUUCUCGCGCAUUUCGCGAUUCGAAAGACGAGACCGAGUGAGGUUGCCGGUAAACGUGAGGUGGGAUAAGGUGAGGAGAAGUGGAAAAAAGGGAUAGUGUACGAACGGGUGGUGCGACGUUCGGGUACGCAAGUCGGCAGGCCGGCUCUGGGGUGCCGGGCCCGGGCGGGGUGAUGAGCUGUUCCGAGGUGAUGUAUCAAUAUUAUCCUUACAUCUACCAGAGGCCAGCGCCGCCGCCGCAUCCGAGCCACCCUCAUGCGGCCCCGCACACCCACCCCCACGCGAAUCCGCAUGCGGCCCACCACAGCCCAGCGAGGACGGCGCCGUUUCAAUCUUUCUCGGCGGCCACCGCGACGCAUCAGUACGACAGGUUGAAUGUCCAAAGAUCGCUCGGUGCAGCGGGUAUUGAAAUUUGCCCGGCCGGUGGAAGCGUCCCCCAAGGGCAACCGAGUAGCGCCGGUUCCGUCGGCUCGGCACCCAGCCCGGCAUCGCCAAGGCCAACUCCUCAGCCACGGCCACCCCUCGCAUCGACUACAGCGCAACCUUCGAGAACGUUAGACGACGACAGAUCGACGGACGCUGUGGGAACCGGUACCGCAGGGGAGGAUUCGGACGACGGCGAGAGCAGAGCGCAGUACCUGAACCCGAAUUGCGUGGUCGUCACUCACUACAGAGAGGAUGCCGCGUCCAAGGUAGAAGAACAUUUUCAAAGGGCGUUGGCGCACGACAAGAAGGAGAACAUCUCUCCUAUGUCCAUGAGGAACUUCCCCCCUUCGUUCUGGAAGCAUCCCGGCGAGGUGUACGAGUAUCCAACGGAUCCAUGGCAUUCGCAUUAUUCACAGUAUCACCACAGGGUGCACGACUAUCAACAUCCGAACAUGGCGGCGGUGACGAGUUACGGCGGUCUGCUCUUAGGCGCUGCGCGAGGUCUCGGCCCUCAUGCGGCGCACCACGCGCACCCCGCGGCCUCCUACAAGGACUGGCCCUCGGCAACGCCGUCGCAGUCGCUCGUCGACGCUUCCACCGCACCCCCGUACCCGCACGGCCCCUACGCACCCCUCUCUG